AUGCAAGUAAAUAAAUAGAAGAUAAAGAACGCGCUCCAUCUGACACCGAUAGAGAGGGUGCCGCUACACAUCGAAGUGGGAGAGUAUAAAAACGUCGACAAAAGUGUCGUCUGUAAGCCAUUAUCGAACAAGAUGACGGAGAAGUAUCAGGUCGAAACGAUUCCACCGUUUACGGAGCUCGGCGAAGGCCCACACUGGGACAUUGCCAGCCAGAGUUUGUAUUACGUGAGUCUUAGCGAUGGGUUCAUUUAUCGGUGGGACUAUGCCGAGCAGAAGGUGUACGCUGCAUCAAUCGAUGGCAUCCAAGAAGCGAGCUUCAUCAUACCGGUGAAGGGUCAGCGCGGAUGUUUCGUCGUCGGUGACUUCAAUCGAGUCGUCAUGAUCCGGUGGGAUGGGCGCUCCGGUAAGGCGGUGGUCGUUCGUGAAGUGGUUGCAACGGAUCCCCAGGUGGACCAUAAUCGGCUCAACGAUGGCAAGGUGGAUCCCUGGGGCAGACUCUACUUUGGUACGUUGCUCAAAGAAGAGAAGGGUGACCCUUUCGCUCAUGCGACGGGAGUUCUGUACCGGUAUUGUGCGCGAACCAAGCAGCUGGUAGAACAGGACCGUGACCUUUACAUCUCGAACGGGCUGGCAUGGAAUCGGCAGACGAACAAGUUCUACUUUGCGGACUCGGGUGCGAACGAGAUCAAGGAGUACGAUAUCGAUCUGGAGGGGAACUUAAUUAACGGACAGGUCUGGUACGACUUCAAGGUUAAAGGGAAAAGCCCGGGAUACUUUUGCGAUGGCAUGACGAUCGAUGCCGAGGGUAACCUUUUCGUGGCAAUGUUUGGUGGCUGCAAGGUGGUCAAGAUCUCACCGGAGAAAAAGAUUAUCCAGGAAAUCAAGGUUCCCGCGCCGCAGGUAACUUCCGUGGCCUUCGGUGGUCCAAACUUGGACGAGUUGUUUGUUACGACGGCCGGGAAGCUUUUCAAGGACCCCCAAAAGGAUCCGGCUGGUGCACUGUUCCGAGUAACUGCACUCGGUGCGAAGGGAUUGCCAAUGCAGGACGUCGUUUUGGAGGACUAGUUCAGUGGUUUUCUUGUACACAAAAAUGCCAUCUGGAUGAAUUAAUGAUUCAUUUCCACGAUCUUAAAAUAGAACUUGACAGAGUGGCGCAUAGUGUCUCAUCUUCCAAUUGUUGCAUUGUUAAACGAUAUCCUUACGGUAUGGCACCGUUCCACGCGAUACUAUCCAAGGUAGUCUGUUGCAACAAAUGAAAUUUUAAAUAUAAACACCUUUCCGCGAAU